AGCCGGUCCAUAUCAAUCACAAGGCAAGCUAAGGAAAAAGCAUAACAUUUAGGGAUGGCUUCAAUUUGUAAAGGUAAGAGUUCAUGGCCAGAGCUUGUUGGGACGCGAGCACAAGAUGCAGCUGCAAUAAUUGAGAGGGAAAAUUCAUUGGUUACUACUAUCAUUAUGUAUGACACUUGCCCCGCCACCCUAGAUUUUAGGUGCGACAGGGUUCGAAUUUGGGUUGACUGCAGUGGCACCGUUAUCCAAGUACCUGUGAUUACUUAACUCAGAAGAACACGUUCUGAAUUACAAAUAAUUAUCUAGUAUGGUGUGUAUUUGAAAUAAUUCAACACAUAGACAUUGCCGUCUACAUGUGUUGUACUAAACCUUAAAUAAGGAGCAAUCAUAAUGUUCCCACUUUGUUAAUCAUCUCUCUCUCUCUCUCCCUCUCUC